CUGAUUGUUUCUUUUCCAGUGUUUUGUCGCAAGUGACCGCACGUGUGUUUCCGCUUAACUCCGUGAAAACCCCAGAAAACCAUGGACAAAUCCGUUGUGCUAGCUCGCGUCACCAAGGUCCUCGGCCGUACCGGUUCCCAGGGCCAGUGUACGCAGGUUAAGGUGGAAUUCAUCAACGAACAGAACCGUCAGAUCAUCCGCAACGUUAAGGGCCCCGUGCGAGAGGGUGACAUCCUGACCCUGCUCGAAUCUGAACGUGAAGCCCGGCGACUACGCUAAGAGGAUUUGCAGGAAUCUGCGCUUCUCAUGGCAAAUUGUAUUUGAGGAUGGUUCCAUGACUACGGUUAGAAUUGAAACAUCAACAAACGGAUAACCGUAGUUGUCUGUAAACUCGUAAUUAAUAAAAUUAGUUGAAAAACUAAUACAAA